UUUGACAACGGGGAAGCUACACGCAUUGGGAAGCUACGUCAGUGGCUGUGAAAUGAGAGGGAGUUUGUGAGUGAAGAAAAGCAUUGCAAUUUAAGUGAAACGUGACAUGUUGCUUGACUUAAAACAACAAUUCCAACUAUCAUCUGAGAUAUAAUUCGGUAGAUUGCACCGAAUUUGAAAAUAUUUUCGGGGAAAGACCGUUCUGUUUUGCCCUACUUACUCUGGUGGCAGUUAGCAUAACUAGCCAGCCCCAUUGUUGUUUAUUGUGUUCAGUGGUCAAGAACGCUCGGAUGCGUUUCAUUAUUUUGUUAGCUCUAUGAUGCUAACUACCGACCAAAUUGGCCAUUGAUUUGCAACCUGCACAUUUUUGAGUACCAUAAAUAAACAAUCAUUUCAGUAAGUUCCUACCAAAAAAAAAAUCAUGCCGGAGAUUAAACUCAAACACGUCGUGUCCUGUAGCAGUGAAGACAACACUCACAAAGCAGAAAAUCUCCUAAGUUCGGACACCUACAGAAAGUGGAAAGCAGCGAAACCUGGGGAGAAACAAACCUCCGUCAUACUACAGUUUGAGAAGGAGGAGCAGGUGCACAGUAUAGAUAUUGGAAAUGAAGGAUCUGCUUUCAUCGAGGUUCUUGUGGGUCACUCCACCUCCGUCAAAGACCAAGACUAUCAGGUUCUGCUGGUCACCUCCUCCUUCAUGUCUCCCACUGAGAGUCGCGGCGGCACCAACACUAACCGUGUCCGGCUGUUCGGACCCAACCAGCUGGUCAAGGCCACUGCACAGGAGAAGUGGGACCGGGUCAAAAUCGUCUGCAGCCAACCCUACAGCAAGACCAUUGCGUAUGGAAUUGCCUUCGUGAAGUUCCACUCCCCCCCAGACAACAGUGACCCCCCCGCAGCCACGCCGCCGAAGCUGACGAAGCUGGGCCAGUUCCGUGUGAAGGAGGAGCCUCCGAGCUCCGCCCCCCCUCUGCAGCCCGGCAGCCUGUUCUUCAACAGAGAGGGCGCCUCCAAACCGAGCCCCGCGCACAGAGCCUCUCCUCAGAGUGAGAAGCUCAGCUACGCUGCCGCAGCCCUCCAGUCUGGAGCUGCCCCCAGCUCCGCCCACAGCACGUCAGCCACGCCCCCUACGCAGGCUGCGGUGAAGAGGAAGUUUGAGUUCAGUAAGGAACGCCUGUCAGCUCCGGCCCCUCCCCCGUCCAAGAAAGCCAGUCCCAUGGGCUCUCCGGAACCAGGCGACGGCACCCCCAAAACCAAACCCAGGCCCGCUUCCGCAAGCACCCCCAGUCCCAGCUCAGCCAAAGCUCCUGCUGCAGCCGCGGCUCAGAAGACUCCGGAGAGGAAGAGGGAGAGCCUGCCCAAAUCGGAGCCCAAACCCAAAGCCAAACCCAAACCCAAAGCCAAAUCACCAGAGCCGGUGCCGUUCAACCGCAUCCUGGAGGGGGUGGUGGUGGUGCUCAGCGGCUUCCAGAACCCCUUCCGGGGGGAGCUGCGGGACAAGGCCCUGGCCCUGGGGGCCCGGUACCGACCCGACUGGACCCCAGACUCCACCCACCUCAUCUGUGCGUUUGCCAACACGCCCAAGUACAGCCAGGUGAAGGCGGCGGGGGGAACCAUCGUGAGGAAGGAGUGGGUUCUGGACUGCCACAAGAGGAAGCAGAAGAUCUCACACAAACGAUACCUGAUGGACGGGGCGGAGUCCAGCUCAGAGGGGAGCGAGGCAGAGGAAGAGGAAGAGAGCGAAGAGGAAAGGGAGAAAGGGAAAGGGAAAGCUCAAAAGGAGGUUAAGCAAGCCACGCCCAAAAAGCUUCCAGUGAAGAGAGAAGAGGGAGAUGAGGAGGACGAGUUUGGGGGCUCCACGGACGUGGAAGAAGCAGGGAACGACGACUCUGGGAUGGACACCGAGGACGAGCUGAAGAGGGUGGAGAGCGAGAGCCGGCGGAGGAGAGGGCCGGAGGGCGCGGGCGGGGGGGCCGGGGGGGCCAGCGAGGACCCCUACGCCGGGUCGACGGACGAGAACACCGACGCAGAGGCCGAAGAGGACAAACCCAUCCCCGACCUUCCAGACUUCCUGACUGGAAAACGUUUCUUCCUGUACGGCAAGUUCCCCCCGAGCGAGAGGAGGCUGUUGCUGCGGUACAUCGUCGCGUUCAACGGCUCUGUGGAAGACUAUAUGAGUGAGAAGGUCCAGUUUGUCAUCACCAGCGAAGGGUGGCACGACUCCUUUGAGGAUGCCCUGAUGGAGAACGGCGGUCUGAGUUUCGUGAAGCCCAGCUGGAUAUUCUCCAUUAACGAGCGUCAGAAGAUGCUGCCGUACCAGCCUUACACCGUGGUCCCCUGAGCGCCCGGGCCUAGGACCCAGGGUCAGCGGAGCAAGCCCCCGCCCCACACCCACCAACCCCCCAGCCAUUUAGGGGGUAGGGGGAGGGGCUGUUCCUAAGCUGGUCCAGAACUCUUGCUUUGGGGUAACAUUCAACUUCAAAGGGUUUUGGGGCUUCCAAGUUCCCAGCUAGGCCACUCACUGCUGAGGCAAAUGACUUUACCCAGAAUGCACCAGUAACCCAACCACCUCCUCCCACCCCCACCACCCCCCCCCCUAGCAAAUGACUUGUGACUGCAGCCUGAUGCCGUUUGACUAAUUGGCAAUAAUUCCACACACACACACAGUGCAGACUCAUUACGUAGCCAUCCACACCCUGCUUUCCUCAUUGGCUGUAUUCUGCUGUCGCCGUGGAAACGGACAGAGACGGUGGUAGUAGUGGCUGGCGGGUUUUACAUGGUGGAGGCCGAAAUGUAACCUGCUAAAUCAGGCUUUGGGUUCAACCUGUUCUAACGUGUUUAAGCUCGAUCAGCACAGCCUGCCUUGAGUUGUCUUGAGUCAUCCACUUCGCAAAUAAUCAGUCUUAACAGUGCCUAUGUUCCGUUUCUGUGCGUAUUUAUGCAGCUCAAUUGAAAGCUGCAGCGUUCUCUUUUCCUUUCUUUCCGAAUGUAAAUGAUAGGGCGGUCAUCAGUGAAAUAAAUGUAGCAUCUCAAUUCUAGCUGUGUAUCACACCAGAAAACAACUCUUCAGGCAAUUGCUGCUUUUCCAGUGGCAUUUGAACUCCGGUCUGUUAAGAUCACAUUAAUGGAUCAUAUGUCUGCAGUUUUGACACAAGCCAUUAUUCCACAAAUAAUCUUAGUGAGUAUAUGAUUUUGUGAUGCACAGAAAAUUAGUGGCACCACAAAAAACUAAUAAUUUGCGUUGAAAAUUGAUUAUCCAGGUCAAUUAAGUCUUUGACAGUACGAAGAUCAAUGGAAACGGGCUAAGAGCGUUCUGUGUCAGGGUUGCAGUCAAUUCACUUCCUGUUCAGAAAGUGAAUUUGAAUUGAAUUCACAAAUUGAUAAAUGGACGUACCUCUCUAUGAGGAUUUUUCCCCCGGCUCGCAGGCACUGGCGCCGUGGGCUAUGCGUGGCAAAUUGUGGUCACUCACUCACUCACUCACUCGCGGACGAUCUGAGAGGGACGUUUUGUGGGACGCAUGCGCAGGUGGUGGCAGCUAAAACGUGUCUGCAGAAGUGAGUUGCAGCGCCGUGGAUCUGGACGGUUCCUUGCUUGUGUGGAUUAACGGUUCGAAUGAUUUCAGUUAAGCUGAAGUGACUGAAUGAAAAUGGGUUGGUGCGAAAGGAGGGCCUAGCCAGGCCGCCAGCCUCUGUCGUGUGAGGGGUUUGGAGUGGGAGGGGGGGGCUGAGAACCAUCUGCAGCCAAAGACGUAGAUCCCAGGGUGGGAGGGGACUGCGGGGAAAACAUCAAAUGCCCCCCCCCUUCCCUCCCCCGCUAUUAUCAUGUUGUAUUCGGUGCUUCCGUUAGUGUCCCCCAACCCACAACCCACAACCCCCCCCCCCCUCUGAAAUGAGAUCUGCUUCCUUGUCUGCAGCUCUGCCCCACCCCCCAGCAUAGAUUCACAACCUGCAAAAUGGGCGGAGCCAUCACUUGCUCACCGUCAGCUGCCUCUUGAGUGGUGGAAACAUACUGUUCUGCUUGGGAGAGCAGGGUCCUGAUUGGCUCACGUGGCGACUGACAGCUGAACGGAAUCCUCAGUAUUUUGCCACGACCUUCUCCGUUCACCGUUACCGGCGUCUGCACAUUGGCUGACUGUUUUUUUUUUUAGCCUAUCAGAAAGCAGAGAUUCCUCACAGUUACUGAAGGUUGAGUAAUGCAGCAGUUGAGCUGUGAAUAUCGAGUGGCUGACAUGGCCAUGAACUGUUUGUAACAUGGGUGCCGGAUUUUAUACUGUUACUGUGUUUUUAUAAUGUUUGUUUUCAUUUUCCAGAAAAAAAAUAGUUUUUUUUAUGGAGCUCAUAGAUAGCUAUAGUAUCUUGUUUGUUUUUCUCAUUUUAUUAAUGCUUUUCAUUGUUUGAAAUACAAGAGAGAAAUGUUAGAUGGAUGAGGGAUGUUUGAGGCUAUUGUAUCGACUUUCUUAGCUUCACUGGAAAAAUUAUCCAAGGGAUUUUUUUUUCACCUCUUGCCAAGACUUCCAUGGUUUAUUCUUUUUUUUUAUCUCUGCUUUGUGUGUUUGUCUUUAUAUUCUUGAUUAAAAGGAAAGAAUUUUGAAAUAAAAUAAAAAAGCAUUCUUUUUUAUUGUUGAA